AGUGUGGCCCCAGAAGUGCCACCUGUCAGUGCUCAUCAGUGCCACGUUACAGUGCUAAUCAGUGCCACAUGCCAGUGCCCAUCAGUGCCACAUAACAGUGCACAUCAAUGCCACAUAUCAGUGCCCAUCUGAGCUGCCUUUCAAUGUCACCCAUCAGUGCCAGUCAGUGCCACCUAUCAAUGCCAAUCAGUGCCACCUAUCAGUGCUGCCAAUCAGUGCCAACUAUCAGUGCCAGUCAGUGUCGCCUAUCAGUGCGCAUCAGU